CCCAUCAUCCUGAAACCCCGAAACUCAACUCCUCCCAGUCCGGCAGAUCGACGACGGCCUCUGGAAUUCUGCGCUUCUCUUCCUCUUACUCCUUAUUCUUCGUCGCUUUUGUCUUCGAUUCCUACUAUAGAUUGGACACAAUGGUUUAUAUCACAUCGUGGGACGAUUUCGUGGAAAAAUCCGUCCAAUUGUUUCGUGCCGAUCCCGAGAGGACACGAUAUGCCAUGAAAUACAGACAUUGCGACGGUAAAUUGGUUCUCAAGGUCACUGAUGAUAAAGAGGUGGUUGUAAUCUACACAGUGGUUUUCAGGUUCAAAACAGGAAUGCAAGCUGUGGGCAACCCUGAGUACCACCUAAUGAACUUCUAUGGUCCCAGCAUGGGUACACUGUACACUCCCUGUGGAGUGCUUGGAGCCUUGGACACCUCGUACAAAGGGGUGUAA